AUGAAUAGAGAAAUGCAGCAAGUGUGGACAAUAUCAGGCUUAUCCUCUUUCAUGAGAUUAAGAGGAAAGACAAAAAUGAUGAUAAAGAAGAAGAUAACAUUUUACAUGUUUGUAAUUGUCAAUCUCUUUCUCUUUGUUCUUGUUCUAUCAAAUACCGACAGAAUCAACACCAGCACUGAAUUAAAAGACAUAAUGGGAAGGACAGUCGGAGAUAUUGCCGUGAAGAUGACAACAAAGUUCCUACAUUUCUUCAUGGCUAAGAGCUCAACCGUCAGGCUAUCCCCGCCGUGGCUACCUGCAUCGUCGACAUCUUCUCGGAUAGUCUUCUGGUUCACCUUGACUCAUUCGGUGUUCCAACAGAGCAGGAUUAAUGCUUGUAAUCCGUUAUUACUCACAAACACAACCAGGGACAGUUGCUCUAUCUCCUCUCAUUCUCUCUAAUUAAUAUAUGGCCAAACAAAGUGUUUAUUCAAUCCUAAUGCAAUAUUAUAAAGAAGAAUAUUAGAACAAGAAUAUAUAGAGGGUCUUUAAU